AUGUACGCCUCUGUCAUCAUCUACACUCUCGUCGCCCUUAGCGGUGUCAUGUCGUCUCCGGUUCAAGACGAGGUUGUGCCCCGAGCCAUUGAGCCUCGCAUGCCUACUUUCGCCGAUAUCCCGUUUCCGAGAUUCCCAAGCCACAACCGUCACCAGAAAGAUAAAGGCAACAAUAGUAGUGGCUGCAGCCCCGACACAAACACUCAGUUGAACGCCUGUUCUGCAGGCAACCCGUACUGCUGCAGCAGUGAUGGUAACGGCGGUCAUGUCUGUGCAAACACUACUGCAUGCGAUCAAAAGGUCAUUUGCUGCAACAAUAAUAACGGCUUCCAAAUCUGCAUCGGCGAAAUUGACUUUAACAUGCCAGUCACCAUCAACAUCUACGAGUAA